AUUUUCUGUUUUGAUCAUUUUUAAAUAAAGCACUAUCAAACUAAAAAUUUGACAAAUUAUUUACUUGAUUAUUGCAUAUUUUACAGCCAGUUCGGUGUUACUCUGCAUGUCCUCCAAAUAAAAGGUAUUGUUUUUCGUGUCGAAAAGUGAACAUUACGCAAAUUCGUCAUGUCUGCCAACGAUUCCGCUGUGAGCAGUGCCCAUCCCAGGGGCGAAACCCGAACAAUAUAUGUUGUCCAGCCCGGUCGGAUCAUGGCAUGGUUGCGGUCGGGGAAGGAGCAAAUCGAUGACAAAGUGAUUCACCAGAUCGCCCUUAAGGCUGGCGAUGUACCGACUGCCCAUGUCCAUCGGUCGAGAAACCCGCGUCAGAUCUUCAUCCAAUAUGCAGACCCAAGCGUUGUGGACCGUGCUCUUCCCAGGAUGAAACAAAUAACUAUCUUUAAUCAAGUAGAGCGGGCCUUCAAAUCUGUGAAGAGUACUGGCAACAAAACAAGCGGCGGUGGAAACCAGAAAAGCAGCAACAUUCAGCAGCAGAAAAAGGUCACUAUUAGCAACCAAAUCUCCAAGGGUGGUGGUACUCAGCAGCAAAAGGGAUUGAACAUUUCCAAUCACAAAACCGUCGUCACCAGUAACACAGCCACAAAACCAUCGCCAACAAUAACAAUCACAAAACUAUCGCCAGCAAUAACAGCCAAUGCUGUAGAUGGAGCUCGAGAUAACUUUGGCCACAACGUUGCCAAACAUGGUAUUAAUGCUAAUAACGGCUGUGUAACUAGUGUGACUAAUGAUUCUAGUUCGCAUUUCAUUUCAGCAGCAACAAAGGUAAGUAGUUUUCAAACCACUAAUACUCAUGGCACAAAUCUCCCAUAUGAGCUGAGAGGAAUGAACUCCCAUGACAAAUCAUUUAUUAGAGUUCUCCUCUGUAAAGUAGCCGCUCGUUUUAUAUCAUAUUCAGAGAAAGAGUGACAUUCAAUUUUUUAUUCUCCACUUCAACACGUAAUAAAGCUCGUAAUCUG